UGAAAUCCGAGUGCGUAAAUUGAACAUGGCGACGUCUUCUUUGUUGUUGUUGGUGUGAAGGUGGAUUUUUCGCUUGAAAAUCACCAAAAAACCGUGCAAAAAUUACUCAAAGUGCCACCUAAAGUGCCCCCAUGUGCACCCCAAAGUGCUACAAGUGAUUUAGCAUUGGGCAUCUAUGCCAAAAUUGUCCUCCAAAGUGAUCUAUUUCUUUUUGUCGCACGGAGAAGGGGACCCCACGGAGGUUUCUUAACUAUUUUUCACCACAUAGAGAAUUCCUUAGCCAGAGAGAGGGCUUUUUUUUCCGAGGAGCUUUGCCACUGAGAAAGUGCAUGGUAUCCAACCUGGAAUUUGUGGCCAGGGAUCAUGGUUGGCCAUUGUGAACAAAUUCCACGGAUUUUGCUGUGAGGCCUGAAAAAAAAUGAGGAGAAAAAGUGAUUUGUGACGGAAAGAGUGUCAAUUUUUUUCACUCAAAGAGAUUUUUGAUGUUUUCUCAAAGAAAAUUGUACAAUAUUGAGGAAUUUCCAUGAUAAACACGUGGAUUGUGUGAUUAGGUGUGAAUUGAUAGUGAAUUCAGUGGAUAAUUGUUUGUGGAUUUGGCUGAAAAUCCACCAUUUGGAAUUCUUAACCUUCUUUCGUGACGUUUCUUCCGGACCCAUAUCGGAGAAGUCUCACGGAUUGGUGAAUUCGUCAGCAAAAUCUUCUUGGGGCAAAAUCCCCUCAAUCUAGAAAGAGGCUCCUAAGGAAUAACAUUGGGGCUCAAAGUGAAAAAGUGCAAGAAAAAGAAAAUUUUUCAGUGAAUCUUUUUUUUUUAAAUCAACAAGGCGAAAUUUUUGCACAGUCGAGGUGCCUAAUUUUAGAAUAUUCUCUUGUGGAGUAGUGUGUGGUGUUGUGAGGAGGAGCCGAGGGACAGGCAACAAGUGAGGAAGCUCAUCCAGGGACAAUUGAAGCAUCCAUACGGUUCAGCUGAAAUGGAUGGAUAUUCCAAUAAGAUUCCUGUGACACAAGGUGACAAGUUCCCAUUGAGACAACGAAGAAGACGAUCAACUUGGCCUCCGGGUGAUUACUGAAGGAUUCUCCUCUGUCUCUCUCAAAAGACGAAGGAAAAAAAAAGUGGCUCAUUUGGAAUUUGAGCAAUUUGCAUCGCGAGGGAAGAUUUUAAUGUGGAAUUUUUUGAUAAGGAAACGGUGCAGAAAAUAUUUGAGAUAUUUGUGUGUGUUUAAUACUUUCUCAAUUAAUUUAAUUAAACCAGUGAUUAGUGGACAUUUUUGUUGUUAGUAUAAGAAGGUUCGAAAAGGAAGUUAUUUUAAACAAUUAUAUUUCUCAAAGUGCCUUUGGAAUUAAUACAACAUUUUUUUUUUGUACAAUAAUAUUAAUUGGUAAAAGUGUUGGGUGAAAAGGGGAAAAAAUUGAAAGAAAAGUCCCAAGUAGGAUAUCUUUUUUGUGAUAUGAUAUGACAAACUACAACAAUAGGAAUGAAUUCAUCCGGCGGAAAGACACCGUCAUCGGCGCGAUUGUCGGAAUAUGCGACAAAUGCACUGGAGCAAAUAAGGAAAGAUCUAUGCAAAUUUGUGCAUAUCACCAAUGGAUCGCAGAUGACAACAGAUGGAUCAGCUACACCGCAAUUGGGCCAACAGGUGGCAAAUCAUCAAAAUUUGGCCGAACGAGAAAGAGACAUUCUCAUGUGUCAACAAUUGACUAAUUUAAUUAAUGCCGGCUACAGUGAGGAACAAGCUCUGAAUGCUCUGAAGCAGGCUUCUGGACGUCCAGAUGGACUAUUGUUUGCUGCCACGAAGCCAACAUCGUCCCCGGAGUCCCCUAUUAAUGGCCACAGUGCACCAGCACCGUCCAAAGUACCAGCUCCAUUGGCCACGAAGCUCAUGCGAAAGCACAGCAUCGAACGCGAACUUUCGCAGUCGCUUCAGUACAAUCGCAAUAGUCCUGCUUUGGAUUCAGGAGCUGGAAGCUCCAGGUCAGACAGUCCUCACUCCCAUCAGCAGAUCAUAACGGUGAGCAGCCGAGCGAGCACAGGACAAUACUCCCCAUCCCCAUGUCCCUCGAGCUUCAGCGAUGCUCCUCCUCUGCCACCACCCAGAUGCUCCUCGACACCUCCAACUCCUCCUCCUGUUCCCGUCACCAACUUCCAGCAACUGUUCAAACGAAUGUCCCCAGCGGCCAAUCCAACACAGAGGACAGUUCCUCUGCCGAGUCAGAGUCCAGCCAGGGGGACAUCGCCAGUUAGUGCAGUGGGGACGCAUCCGAGGCAACCGAUGAUUGUACAGAAUGGGCCACAGGCACAGCAGCAACUGUCGCAGCAGAUGCAAGCGUUGAGUUUGUAUCAGAGUGGAGGAAAUUCAGGGGAACCACCACCGCCGUAUCCGAUUAUCUCGGGUGGGGCUCCACCUCCUCCACCCAGCUAUACAGCUUCGAUUCAGAGUCGCCAGAGUCCUACACAGUCCAGCACAACGACGGACUACCGCAAGAGCCCAAGUUCUGGCAUCUACUCAGCCACAUCGGCGGGUUCUCCUAGUCCCAUAACGGUUUCCCAGGCGGCAACACCUCCUCACCGGCCAGUUCCACUGCCGGCUUGGGGGGCGCGUCAGACAAAAACCCAACCGCCUAUCAUUAUGCAAUCGGUCAAGUCGACUCAGGUGCAGAAGCCUGUUCUGCAGACAGCCAUUGCUCCUGCUGUUCCGGCCAGUCCCUGCAUUGCAACGACCGUAGCACCUCCUUCGUAUGCAUCCAGUAUUCAUCAGAAAUCUCAGGCUCCAUCUCCUGUCACUGCUGCCUCUCCCAAACCACCAGUCUCGUCCCCAUCCACACCUCCGGCUGUCAAUGGCAACGUUACACCGCAGCCAACGGUACCAACGACGGAGCCACCUAGCUAUGCUAGUACGAUUCAGGCUUUCCUUACGGCCCAGCAGACACGGAAUCUGCCUCCGCCACCACCCUACUCCACUGCCAACACCAACUCAAGAGCACAGAAUGGAAAUUCUCCAGCAGAGUCGCCCAGCGGUCUCAAGAAUGGGAAUCUCGCAACGACACCGCCUCUGCCACCCAUGGCAUCCUCCAGUGUGGCCAAAGUCAAUGGAAUCGACAAGAAAAGUGGAUCAACGGCCUCCUCGACGCAGGGAAGGUCCAAAUGCGGCACUGGUGAAAGUGGUCCUAUCAAGAAACUCUCCCCAAUUCCCGUACGAAAAAAUGUGUCAAAGGAGAAAGAGGCUGAGCGGAAGGAGUUCCGGAUACGACACUAUUCCCCUCAGGCCUUUAAAUUUUUCAUGGAGCAGCACAUUGAGAAUGUGCUGAAGUCCUAUAAGGCUAGGAUAUACAGGCGAAAUCAGCUGGAACGUGAGAUGCUGAAGAUGGGACUAACAACGCAGAGUCAGACUCAGAUGCGAAAGAUGUUGUGCCAGAAGGAGUCAAACUACAUACGGUUGAAACGUGCCAAAAUGGACAAGACAAUGUUCCUCAAACUCAAAGAGAUUGGGGUUGGGGCCUUUGGGGAAGUGAGUCUGGUGCGGAAAAUUGACACCACGAAUCACUUGUACGCCAUGAAGACACUUCGGAAGGCAGAUGUGCUCAAGAGGAAUCAAGUGGCUCACGUGAAAGCUGAACGGGAUAUCCUGGCGGAGGCGGACAAUGAUUGGGUCGUUAAGCUGUAUUAUAGCUUUCAGGAUGAGGACAAUCUCUACUUUGUCAUGGACUAUAUACCAGGUGGUGACUUGAUGUCUCUGCUCAUCAAGAAGGAGAUCUUCGAGGAACCCCUGGCGAGAUUCUAUAUUGCAGAACUAACCUGUGCCGUGGAGAGUGUCCAUAAAAUGGGAUUCAUCCACAGGGACAUCAAACCGGACAAUAUUCUCAUUGAUAGGGAUGGUCACAUUAAACUGACAGAUUUUGGACUUUGCACGGGUUUCCGGUGGACGCAUGAUUCCAAGUAUUAUCAGAAAAAUGGGGAACAUGCGAGGCAGGAUUCAAUGGAGCCUUGGGAGGAGAAUGGUGAAGUAACGAGACCUUCAGUGCUUGAACGACGACAACGAGCCCAUCAACGGGGCUUAGCACAUUCCCUAGUCGGUACGCCAAAUUACAUCGCCCCGGAAGUGCUCGAGAGGAGCGGCUACACUCAGCUUUGCGACUGGUGGAGCGUAGGUGUUAUCCUCUAUGAGAUGCUCGUGGGUCAACCACCCUUUUUGGCCAACACUCCCGGAGAGACGCAGCACAAGGUGAUAAAUUGGGAGACAACCCUGCAUAUUCCGCCUCAGGCAAAGUUGUCUCGUGAGGCGACAGACAUGAUACUGAAAUUGUGUUCAUCGCCCGAUCGGAGAUUGGGCAAAAAUGCUGAUGAAGUUAAAGCUCAUCCCUUCUUCAAGUCCAUUGAUUUUAGUAAGAAUUUGAGGGAACAACCUGCUCCCUAUAUUCCCAAAAUUGAACAUCCCACGGACACAUCCAACUUUGAUCCAGUUGAUCCGGGAAAAUUGAGGAAUUCCUCAUUGGAUUCGGGGAGAAGUGAUGAAUUUUCUGAUACAGGGAAACCCUUUCAUGGUUUCUUUGAAUUCACUUUCCGGAGAUUCUUCGAUGACAAUAACACCAAAAUUGCUGUGGAUGGGAAUGAUGAUCUGGGACCGGUUUACGUAUGACUAUAUCUCUUUCCUUUUCACAUAAACUUUCUGUAUUAAAAAAAAGAAUUUUUUUUUUGCUUAAUUUGGGGGCGCUUCCGGAAAUUUUGGGAGAGCGCUGAUUGAAAAAAGGGUUGGGCUACGUAAAAAAAUCGGAAUUGGUGCUACUUUUUUUUUUAAUUUUUCUUCUAUCUAUUUUUUAUUCUUUACUUUAGGGAGAGAGAUCAACAGAAAAAAACUUGUAUGCGUAGUAAUUUUUUUUAAUUAAUUAUUCUAUUUAAGAUUAGGUGAGAGGAAAGAUUAUGAAAUGUGCGGGGGAAAAAACGUGAUAGGAAAAUAAAUUGCCUAACUUUUCUAAAAAGGGAUUGAAUUGAGUGCCUUUUUUUAGCCAGCUGGCUGGCCCAAUGUUGAAUUGAGGGUGAAAUAAGGGAGAACUGCCGCGGAAGGGCAAUAAAGUGAAUGAACAAAAUAAUUAUUUAAAUGAAAAAAAAGAGAGAAAAUCUAACUAUAAAAAUAGUUGUUUUUUAAAGUUAAAAAAAAUCCAUCUGACGAGAUAGUCCAAGUCAGUUUGGAGAUAAAAAAAUCUUAUAUUUGUAAAAGUUUCUAUACAAUAAUUAUUAUACUAUAUAUUUUUUCUUUAAUUGUAAUGUAAUUUAUUAUCUAGUAAAGCUGAGAAAUGAAUCGAUGAAAUUAAUUGAGCAAAAAAAGUGUAUUAAAAAAAAGUUAGGAGAGUUUUUAAUCUUAUUCUAUUUCUAUGUUGUAGAGAAAAAAAAGAGAAAAUUUUUCUUUUUCGAUACAAAACAUUACAUUAACAUUGUAUAUUCUAUUGAAUGUGUAUAUAAAUUUUUAAAAUUAGAAUUUAAUAUAUUAAAAGUAAUUUUUAAAGGAAA